AUGUUUUGCCCAAAUUCAGUUUUCGCAUCUAUCUCAGCUUGUUCAUCUAUCUAUCUAUCUAUCUAUCUAUCUAUCUAUCUAUCUAUCUAUCUCACUUUGUUCAUCUAUCUCAAUUUGUUCAUAUCUAUCUAUCUAUCUAUCUAUCUAUCUAUCUAUCUAUCUAUCUAUCUCACUUUGUUCAUCUAUCUCAAUUUGUUCAUAUCUAUCUAUCUAUCUAUCUAUCUAUCUAUCUAUCUAUCUAUCUAUCUAUCUAUCUAUCUCAUUCAUUUGUUCAUCUAUCUCAAUUUGUCAUCUAUCUCAAUCUUCAUCUAUCUAUCUAUCUAUCAUAUCUAUCUAUCUAUCUAUCUAUCUAUCAAUUUGUUCAUAUCUAUCUAUCUAUCUAUCCUCAAUUGUCUCUCUCUCUCUCUUUAUCUCAUUCUUCUCUCUCUCUCUGCCUAUCUACCUAUCUAUUUCAGCUUGUUCAUAUCUAUCUAUCUAUCUAUCUAUCUAUCUAUCUAUCUAUCUAUCUAUCUAUUUAUCUAUCUAAUUCUUUUGUUCACAUGUUUCCAUGUCUCUAUCUCUUUUUAUUUUAAUCUAUCUAUCUAUCUAUCUAUCUAUCUUUUUUAA